UCAAUUAACUAAGAUGAAGCGGAACACACGAUACAAGAAGAGUGACGUUGAUAAGAUAGCUGGCACGUGUGCCGCACCUUCCGUCGAUAAAAAAGCACUGUAUAUGAAAUGUACGAACAUGUACACUGAGAUUGGUGAGUUUAGGGAGGCGAUGAACUACGCACAGCAGUAUAUAAAGUGCGCUCCUAAAGACUAUAAGGGAUACAAGAUACUCGGUCUGCUUCACGAGAAGAUGGGAUCUGUCAAAGAGGCUCUCAAGGCUUACAGAAGAUGUACAGAGCUGAAUCAAAACGACGCUGAAGCCAAAGAGAAGGUGUGCCUGUUAUAUUGUCAAAGUAAAGAUCAGCUGUUCAGAAAGAAAGCUUGGUUGGACAAGAUGGAGAAGGAUAUGCCUCACUUUAGUUGUACCAGAAAGUUAAAGUGCCAUAUUCUUCAGGAAUCUGGAAAAACGGACGAGUUGGAACAUUAUCUUGUAAAACAGAUCCGCCUUAACGCCCAGGAUUUGGAGUCGCACAUGGAGCUGAUCCAAUUGCUGGCAACGCGCACCACAGACGACGCGCUCUACUUCUGCUGCAAACUCAACCCCCACUUUUACCGAGACCUAUCAAUACUCCAACUGUCGUUUAGUGUCAUCUCCAGAUAUCUCAGUAACAACAAAAUAGAAUACCACAUGGCAGAGAAAAUUCUCAAUACUUGUAACUGGGUGAUGAGCGCGGUUGUGAGAGACAAGCGCAGUGACACCGAGCGCAUCUCCAGUUGGGCCAACUUUGAUAGCGCUUUAUACCAGCUUUCACAGAACCUCAAUGUGAAUGAAGCACCGAGAUGGGGGGCGCUUGCCCGGGAGUGCUUAUCUUGUUUGUGGAUGAGAGUGCCGAGUGUGGUACCUGAGUUGGAUGAUGACGCGGUUACCGGAUGCGCUAUUCUAGCUCUGUCAGCACCUCUUUUAGACCUCCCUAACUCAGUGGCUGAAAUUUCAUUGCACAGGUUGUUAACCAGUGGUGUGGUAUUCUCCAAAGCAAAACUGGAGCACCCACCUCUCCACAUCUCCUCAAUAAUCAGCAGACACUGCUCCAGUCAGUCCCAACUAACUGUUCUUCAGAAUGUAACCUCAAAAGCAGCUUCGUACAUCUGCGUUAAUGUUAUCAGAAAUGUAACUGUACCUAGCGUACCUAAUCUAAGCACCACACUGAUGAAAUAUGCGCGGUUGAGACCACGUGAUCUCGAUCUGUUUGUUAGUGUGCUGGUGUCUAGGUUUGAGUCUGGAGAUCCGGUACCCGCUGAAGAUCUGGUUGAUAGUCUGGUUCCAAGGUUGAAACUUCAUGCUCAGUCGUUGGAGUUGGUUCACACCAUGGAUUUGUGUCAAGAUGAUGUGGCUGCUUUGCUUCAUCUGCUAAUGAAGUUCCCUGAUAUGUGUUCACCGUCUGUAACCGAACUAUGGGACGAAAUCUGCUACUUAACAAAGAUAGUCCCCAUAAGCCGGGCUGCCAACACUGCACUGGUGAAGAAAGGAAUGUGGAGUAUCCGGGGUCUGUCCGGCCAUGGGUUAGGGCCUAGAGAGUGCACUGUUCUCGCCAAAUACUUUUCUCAUCGCGCUGCUUUACUGUUCGAUGGUGGUGGUCAGCAUUACGAAAAAUUCCAGCAGAGAAGUGCCCACUACUGGAAAGUGUCUUACAACAUCGCCACCACGCUACAAUCCCGCACUUUCAAGAGGCAGAACAACACACUGUUCAACUUUGCUCCAAUGGAGGAAGGUGAACUGAGAGAGUUUUGUCAGGAAAGUGGUUUAGCACAUUCCGGGUCUUUAGUAAACGAGGGAAAGUUUGCUCAAGCUCUUGAGGCUUACGACACCAUCGAAACUCCGCAAGCAGCCUUCAAUGCAGCUAAGGUCUACAUGCACCUUGCUGAAUGUACGAACACUCCGAAGAGUAAAGCCAAGCACCACGAGAAUGCUGAUUUGCAAUUACAGCGAUGUAGAGAGCGUGCUCUAGAGUGCGGUGACCAGGUGAUUCUGAAGAUGAUCGGGUUGGUAGAGGACAGUCUUCCAGGCAAAAUGAAGUUUGUGACUAAGAGAGGUUUUGAUACACCCGCCCACACAACACGCUACGAAUCUUGCCAUGACACGCCAUUCAUGGAACUUGAUUCUAAAGCUAAGCUGGCGUUCCAUCAUCCUCUGACUUCAACUCCUGACACGAAAUUCGUGACUAAACGUGGUCUGGGUCCCUGUCGAUAUCAAACUGUAAAUGAUUCCAUUUUCAACGACAUUGAAGUAGAUGAGAGGAGCAGCGUUAUAAAGCAACUGGACUUCUCUCCGUGCCCAGAAGCUGAAGAGACAGUAGCUGAAAAACCAGCAGAGGACAUCACAGAGCAACUUCAAAACCUUUCGAUCAACCUUCAAAAACAACUGGAGCAAAAGGGUGACGAAGUAUCGCUCUUGAGAAACGAACUUCUGAAACUCAGAGAAGAGAUGACUCGAGUAAGAAGUGAUGUGACACAAGUUCGGAGCGAUGUGUCUCAACUGAACAGUCCUGCUCAAGGAGUAGUUGGACUGCCAGGGUUGAACAGAGCUGCUACUCCUCUCUGGAUGAGAAGUGAUCUUCCUGCUCAACCCUCCCCUGGAUCUCCGCUAGUGUUGCAUCCUCACCACCCUGCUAUCUACCAGUCUCCAGCUCCUGGCUUCCCUCAGGCUGCAUAUCCUCCUGUCGUCAACGGCUUCCCUGCCUCAGGUGCACCGCUAAGUUACCCAGUAGCAGCAGCAGGAUACCACCUCCCAGGUUACCCAGUCUACCCGAUAGACCAAACAUCCCAACAUGUGGGCCUGCAACAACCUCUUUCUGGCCUUCAGCAACCCCUUUCUGGCCUUCAACAACCACUUCCUCAACAACAUAUGUACUCACCUGCUCUUUUACAAUAUCCUAACAUCUCUUCCGACCAAGAAGUACCGGUUCCUGACGAAUUCCAGAAUGUAGUUUUGUCAGAGACCCUGGAGCCAAGUUCUCUUUCAGACUCCUUGAAAUCAGAUACGGUCAUUAAUAAACUUCUGCCAAAUCCUGAGGUUCUAGCUUCAACACCGAUACUAAAUCGACUGAGCAAAGGAAUCGGAGGAGGGAACGUGUUCGACAGUUCAGCUAUCAAACUCCCUGACCUUGGUGGGGCUGUGACGUCACUUCCGGGCAAGUUCUCAACUUCUGUCGUCCCUCGAAACAACCAGCCUGCCACCGCCGAGCCAAUAGAGCCGGGCUAUUUCUCGUGUUUGUUGGACAAGUCUCAACAUCAAGAAGAUGAGGUUGGUAGUUACCAUGGUGACGAGAGCGAGGAGGAGGAGACCAGUAUGUUGAGUAAAUCUCAACACUUUAAAGCUGGCGCUCUGACUACCACCAACCAAGAGAACCAUCUACAAAAGUCAGUAAACACUUCGGCCGGAGAGCUGGAAACGUCAAACUUCACCCCACAAGUAGCGCUGACAGAGGUCACUGAGUUCACUACAGGCGAGGAGGAGGAACAGUCCGUGUUCGAGUGCCGGGCUAAACUAUUCCGGUUCUGUGACUCCGAGUGGAAGGAGAGAGGAGUGGGAGAAGUCAAGAUACUCUACAACCCCUCAUCUUGUUCUCAUCGUAUUGUGAUGAGACGAGACUUUGUGCUGAACAUCUGUGCUAAUCAUAUCAUUACCGGAGAUAUGAACCUGACUCCUGCAUUUGGAAGUGAUAAAGCAUGGGUUUGGUUUACGCUGGCUGACAUGGCCAAUGAGACACCCGAGCCUCAGCAGUUAGCUGCCCGAUUUAAAACAGCAGAAAUCGCCUCUGAUUUCAAGGCUGCAUUUGAUGAAGCUAAAGGAGCAGUUCCAGAGAGCACUACAUCAGUAGACGAUGAACUUGAGGUGAUAUUUGAGGCAGUUCCGAGCGAAGAUGAUAAAGCUAAAGCGAGGCAGUUCCAGCUCCCCGAUACCUUCUACAUUCCCCCUCGUUCUGUAUGUCCUGGGUGCAGGGGUUGUGACGUCACGAGUCCUGAUGACGUCACACCGGAAGAUGAUGACGAUGUCGUGUUCGUGAAGGAAGUCCUCCCAGCAACACCUCUCAAAAACCUGGCAGCUCAAUACCAGCUGCCUCCUUCUUUCUACAACGAGCGUAACGCUAACUGCAAGGGUUGUAUCGGCUGUCUCACCGAGGAAGACUACCAUGAAACGAGCCGUGUUGACGUCACAGACCCUGGUGACGUCACAAACCCACUGGUGACGUCACUCCACAGAGUCCAGAGGUACAGUUCAUAAGAGAAGUUCUACCUCCGACCCCCCUGAAAGAGAAAGCGGAACAGUACAUGUUACCUCCCUCCUUCUACAAUGUCAGGUACGGCAAGUGUAAAGGAUGUGAGGGUUGUGAUGAUGAUGCUGACUUCCACGAUGAAGAUGGCCAGAACGAGCAACAAGACGAGGUAGAAUUAGUGAAGGAGGUGCUACCAGCCACUCCGCUGAAGAAACUAGCAGCUCAGUUCAAACUACCUCCCUCAUUCUAUAACCACACUGAACCCUGUCCUGGCUGCGUCGGCUGCGAGGAGGACGAUACUGAGGGCGACAAAUCAAUAACGGUUACAUACGAGAAGCCAGCCCGAGAUAAGGUCAAGGCAGAGCUGUUCAAGCUUCCACCAAACUUUUACGAUAUCCCUGACAAGCCGUGUGCGGGUUGUGUCGGGUGCCCUGACCUAGAUGAUAUCCAGGAGAUAUGGAGCCCUGAUUUGGACGAUAUCCGAGAAAUUAACUACCAAGAAGAAGAGGAGGAUGAAGAAGAUAACUACGUAGGUUGCGGUAGAUCCGACCCAAAUGAGCCAGUUUCAGAGAAACCCCUCUACGACUAUUUGUGGCCCAAAGAUAUAGAAGAAGAGGAUGACAAGGGCCAGUUCUUUUCUCCAAUAAAGAAGGGGCCAGUAGAGGGAGACGAAGAGGAGGAGAAACGAAUCUAUGGAGGAUACGCUACCCUCUUCCUAUUCGAUACAAGGAGACGCGACUAUAUCGAACAAGGAAAAGGCAGCCUCUCCGUCCUAUCUUCUCUCUCCAGAACACAAUUCCGCGUUAUCUUCCACGACUCCUCCUACCAAACACUCCGCGCCUCUCACGCUAUCGAGGGUGGCAUGUAUGUGGAACUUGUCCCCAGCUCCACCAAGUUGUGCUGGUUUGUUCCCAUUGACUAUACCGAUCCGGAGACACCCCUUCCGAGGAGGUUCAUGGUUGAGUUUCUAAACGAUGAGGAGAGGGAGAGGUUCAGGGGGGUUUUCAUGAACUGUUCCAAGGAGAUGCAUGGUCACAUAGUUAACCACAAGUUAGUGAGCUUGUUGGCGGCUGGUAGUCCCAGAAAAGAGAGUCCAAGCAUCAAAACCCCAGGCAAAUCUGUUUCUUUCCAACAGUCUCCGGAGAUACUUGAAGGAAUGACUCCUGAACCUCCAGAGUCAGAGCCAGAACUCCAAGAAACGCCCAAAAAAGAAGCGCCAGAAACCAGACCGCACAACAUUUGUGCGAAUCUUAAGCAGGAGUUUGAGGAGUACAGUCACGAGAUCCUGAAUGAGUCUCAGGACGCUGCUCCCAUUGCUCCCCAAGACACCAGCGUGGAAAUCAUCAAGGAAGUGUUACCAUCAGCUGACAAACAGGCCAAGGAAUCAGAACUUUCGCUCCCGAAAGGGUUCUUUAAUUACGAGCAUAAAGAAAGUUGUAGUGGUUGUGUAGGGUGUGAUGAGGAUGAGACUGAUGUGGUUGGUGAUGUGACUUCUGAUAACAAUCUCAACAACUCUCCCUCCCCUCCUGCCGUACAUGAUGUCAUUCCUGCUUUAGACCCUUCAUCUCAACUAGCCAGCCCUUUUAGUUUUGGUAUUAGUAACAGUCCGGUGAACUCUUUCACCUCUGUCUCGCAGGGAACCAAUUUGUUUGGGAACAGUCCUAGCCCAUCACCUUUCACAACCCCUCCCGCAAACAGCAACGUUUUCCUGAAAAAUCAGCCAACAUCUGGCAAUACCAAUAUCUUUAUACAGGGCAACACAACUACAAGUACUGACAAUAUUUUUUUGAAAUCAAAAAAUACUGAAAACAUUUUUCUUAAAUCAGCCCCGGUUGAAGAGAACAUAUUCUUAAGAAGCUCUGGUCAGAGUCCAGCUGCAACCCAACAAACAGUUACAGCUCCCGUCAACCCAUUUGCUAGUCCACCAAUGCCAUCACUUCCUGCUAAAUCAGCGGAGUAUGGUGAUGACUAUGAAAACUAUGAAGAAGAUUAUGAGUAUGACGAAGAGGACUACGAUGACUACGACGAUAACAAUAAUUAUAAUGCGAUCCAAGAAGAUUAAGUGUGAAGAAAUUAUAGAGGAGCAGUUUCAUUUCCUAGGCUACGAGAAACUUAGAGAUUGAGUUACACGAAGAACAAAGACAAACCUGGGAAAUAAUCCUGAGAUUUGAUAACUUUGUGAUAUCUACGAUGUGAUGAGUCUAUCACAAGAGAGAAGAUUUUGAGAAGAUCUUCUAGAAAAUAAAGUUAGAUAGAGUUAGCUCUUAGGCCUAGGUAAGUUUUAUAUUAUUAUUACGUUUAUAUUGCGUUCUUUUCGAGUCCAAAAUGUUUUUGAAAAUUUUAUGUUUUUAAAGUUUAAGGUGGCUCAAUUUUAAUGGCUUUUACUUUCAAUAUUUAAUUUAUGAAUGCAGGGAUCACUACUUUUUCGGCUGAUAGCAAAUUAUGAUCUACAAAUUGACGGCCCUUUUGUUGACUUUUCUUUUUGAUACUGGGUUAGAAUUUUACAAGAUGCAUCAACGAGUAUGGUUUUGAAUUUAAUUUAUCAUAGAAUUGACGUAAAUUCAAAAUUUUAC